AUGAAAGAGGAAUGGAUUGCCAGGAGUAUUGUAGGUAUUGCCGACUUCUUUGAAGAGAGACCGCCACAGUGGCGCGCCGAUUUCCAGUUUGGAAAGGGACGUAGAGAUAGGGGACGACUUUUUUCUAAUGACAGCACGAAUGACGAGGAUGUCCUUAAUAAUGAAGGGAAUUUUAGAGAACUAAUAUGGUUUAGAGUCGAGAGCGGCGACAAUUUAUUUGAAAAAAAUGAAAUUAUAGAAUCAUUUCAUUAA